UUCAGUGGCAAUGUGGCGCGUUGUUCUUUCAUAACCUCACUAUUUAAACUAAUGCAAAAUUGAUAAAUUAAUAAAAAUGGUACUUACAAAGGCAAUGGAAGAGAUUCGUAACGUACUCUCAAACAACGAUAAACAGAAUACAGCAAAACAGGCAGAAAUGAUAGCCACAUACAAUUUAUCCAUGUGCACUUCUGAAGAUAUCGCACAAAUUAUAGUUCCGUUCAUCGACAGGCUUCUAAACAAUGUCGAGCAUCGCCAAGACGCCUUCCACAUCCUAGAUAAUCUACUGCUAAAGUUGCCCAUUGAACUCGUACAGGAAAAAUCUGUUCUUUGGUGCCGCCACUGUAUCAGCGACAAGCCUUUCACAGCCUUACAGCUAUCAGUCUUAAUUAAAAUGAUUCAAGUCUGUCACGGCGUUAAAGAUUUUGACAGUCAUUUAACACAACAUUUCGCCGAGAUAAUCCAUGCUUGUCUCUCCAAACAGCCCUGCGACGAUAUUAGAAAGAAGUUAGAUUGCGUUACGUUGUGCGUCACUUACUACCCGAAGAUGUUUGCGCAGUUUCGUAACGAAAUCGACGACACUCUUAGUUUCUAUUUAUCCAGCAGUUGCGCCCGAGACGUUAUCAAAAAAGUGGGCACCCUGUUUCACACUUUACAAGAGGUUCCCAUAGUGAAUCAGUCCAAUUUGCAACAAAACUGGACCGCUCAGUUUUAUAAAUUGUGCUCCACAAUUAAUCACCUUUAUGACGAUUUCUUGGAAGGUUUCGAGUUUCACCGUCACAAUUACAGUGAGGAAGUUCCGCCGUUUGAUGAUGUCUACCUGACUGUCUACUCAAGUGAUAAAGUUGGUCAGUUCGUACAGGUGUACAAUCAACUCCGAAAUCUGGUAGUGUUUGCCACUUGUAUGCUGGAGACGAGAUUUUCUCAACCAAAAAAAUUAAAAAUAUCCGUCGUAAUGGACGUAUUACAACGAGGCUUAACAGUGGAGACCUACGAGAAGAAAGAACCACCUCUAGAGCAUGGAAUAGUAACCGUAUUACAGCGACAUCAAAUAGACCUUCUUCAUUUAUUUCGAGCGUUAAUUACAUGUUUCAGCAAGCAGUUGCUGCCGUUGAGCGCGAGGAUAACGAAAUUAAUUGUGACCUGUCAAGAGCUUAGUCAACGGGCGUGCUUUCCCAGGAAUAGUGAGUAUCACGUAGCGCUGUACGAGUUGAUGAGUCGGUGGGUGGUUCUCUCACACAACGACGGCGAUGUAAUUCCGUUCAAUAAAAUUAUUCCUCUACUUUUACUAGAAAUCACGCCUACAAAUGCGAGCGAUAUGCUAUGUUUGAACAAGUCUGCAAAGUCUUCGGCUUAUACUGCCCAAAAGAUGCAAAAUAUCUUAAGGUCACAAAAAAUUGAAGAUCGAAGUCUUCAAAUUGACGAAAGGGCGUGCACUGUCAUUUUAAAAGCUUUAACAUGCAUGAUGUCGACAGUCGAGCUGGGCCUCAACGAAGCUAACAUAAAUGCGCUAUUUCAAGUCCUAGUGCAAGUCAUCGAAGCGAUACAGCGCGGUAACAUUUCACAUCCGUACACUAACCAAGAAUGUGUCGCGGCCUUGUACAAGGCAUUUGCCUCGUUAUUCAUGCAAGAGUACUACAGGAGGCGACCUUUUUACGAAUUGGCAAUAAAUAUACUGAGAGAUGGUCAAAAUUGUGACGUUAAGAAUGACUUUCGCAUUACUUACGUCAUUAUGGAAGCGUUGCAGAUUAUUACCAGCAUGUGCAGAUCGGCCUCGUAGACCAUCGGACCAUGUUUAUAUGUGUUGGACGUUUUGUAAUAAACGUGUGAGUGCCGAA